ACCAUAAAUUUUCCGUAAUCUAAAACAUCGAUAAUUGGAGCUUAUAAAAUAGCUUAAUUAAAUUUCAAAUGGAAUAGUCGUUAACUCUCCGUCAGCUACCAUUAACUGAAAUAAUGAAAGUCCUCAUAGCAAUAAUAAUUAUUUGCGUUGCGAACGUGACUGGAGCUACGCAAGUCGUAUUGAAAAAUGUUAACUAUGAAGGAAUAGUAGAUGAUUUAAUAAAGGAAGCUCAAGAAAUAACGAUUAGAACUGCUAACGCUUUGCAAUUGCAAUACAAAAUAAUUGUUGUAGAGCCUACAAACCAAGUUGAUUCUGCGGUACAGAGUAUUGAGGAUCGCCGUGAAGAGAGUCCAAAGUGUGUAGAAGUUAAGGAUCCAGAUGUGCAGAUAGUUGUGACCAGUUUACAUGAUGAAAUUAAUGUCUGCGGAGCUAUUGCUGCUAAAACAUCAGCAGGAAUUAUGAACGACAUUAACGCAGCGACACAACAGAUAGUAUUUGAUGGAUAUGACGUUUUAAAACUUUACCAAAAAUGCAAAAACUACAAAAACAGUAUUUUAAAGAGUUCCUGUUACGCUAAACUGUCGGUAAAAGUUACAUUGUACAUUAAAAACUCGCGUCGGUCUAUAAAUACCAUUAAAGGUGCUAAUCAUCGGGUACCAGCUGUGUUUUCGGAAGCAGAUGAAUGCACACAUAAGGCUGCAGAUCUGGCCAUUACUGAAUUAGAUGACAUUCAUACUGAAAUUGUUUCCUGUAUCAAUGAAAAUAAAUAAAAAUAAUAAUAAUAUAUAGUACAUAUGUACAUAUAUAAA